GGCGAGCGAGGCCCGCGGGCCCAUGAGGAGGCCCGGGGAUCAUGGGCUCCAGGAUCAAGCAACAUCCGGAGACCACAUUUGAAGUAUAUGUUGAAGUGGCCUAUUCUGGGAGAGGUGGCAAGCUUUCAGAUCCUGAGGUGCAGAGGCAAUUCCCGGAGGACUACAGUGACCAGGAAGUUCUACAGACUUUGACCAAGUUUUGUUUCCCCUUCUGUGUGGACAGCCUCACAGUUAGCCAAGUUGGCCAGAACUUCACGUUUGUCCUCACUGACAUUGACAGCAAGCAGAGGUUCGGGUUCUGCCGCUUAUCUUCAGGAGCAAAGAGCUGCUUCUGUAUCUUAAGCUAUCUCCCCUGGUUCGAGGUCUUUUAUAAGAUCCUCAACAUCUUGGCAGAUUACACGGCAAAAGGACAGGAGAGCCAGUGGAAUGAGCUGCUUGAAACUCUGCACAAACUUCCCAUUCCUGACCCUGGAGUGUCUGUUCAUCUCAGCGUGCAUUCUUAUUUUACUGUGCCUGAUACCAGAGACCUUCCUAGUAUACCUGAGAAUAGAAAUCUGACAGAAUAUUUUGUGGCUGUGGAUGUAAACAACAUGCUGCAUCUGUACGCCAGCAUGCUCUGUGAACGCCGGAUCCUCAUCAUUUGCAGCAAGCUCAGCACUCUGACUGCCUGCAUCCACGGGUCUGCCGCGAUGCUCUACCCUAUGUACUGGCAGCACGUGUACAUCCCUGUCCUGCCUCCACACCUGCUGGACUACUGCUGUGCUCCCAUGCCCUACCUCAUAGGAAUCCAUUUAAGUUUAAUGGAGAGAGUCAGACAUAUGGCCCUGGAUGACGUUGUGAUCCUGAAUGUGGACACCAACACCCUGGAGACCCCCUUCGAUGACCUCCAGAGUCUCCCGAAUGAUGUGAUUUCCUCACUGAAGAGCAGGCUCAAGAAGGUCUCCACAACCACCGGAGAUGGUGUGGCCAGAGCCUUCCUCAAGGCCCAGGCGGCUUUCUUCGGUUGCUACCGAAAUGCUCUGAAAAUCGAGCCGGAGGAGCCCAUCACCUUCUCUGAGGAAGCCUUCGUGUCCCAGUACCGCUCCGGAGCCAUGAGACAGUUCCUGCAGAACGCCACGCAGUUACAGCUCUUCAAGCAGUUUAUUGAUGGCCGAUUAGACCUGCUCAAUUCUGGUGAAGGUUUCAGUGAUGUUUUUGAGGAAGAGAUCAACAUGGGCGAGUAUGCUGGUAGUGACAAACUGUACCACCAAUGGCUCGCCACAGUCCGGAAAGGAAGUGGAGCUAUUCUGAAUACCGUAAAAACGAAAGCAAACCCAGCCAUGAAGACUGUCUAUAAGUUUGCAAAAGACCAUGCAAAAAUGGGAAUAAAAGAGGUGAAAAACCGCUUGAAGCAAAAGGACAUCACCGAGAACGGCUGUGCCCCCACCACAGAAGAGCAGUUACCAAAGACAGCACUGUCCCCACUGGCGGAGGCCAAGGACCCCAAGCUCCGAGAAGACCGGAGGCCUAUCACCGUCCAUUUUGGACAGCCACACAGACUGCUUCCCACCCGACCACCGCCUCCCAAGAUACAGCGCUCGUCAAGGCCCGUCCGCCCUCCCCGCCCGCAUGUCGUUAGGAGACCAAAGAGCAACAUCACAGUGGAAGGCCGGAGGACGUCUGUCCCAAGCCCUGAGCACCUGGUAAAGCCCUUGCGACACUACGCGGUCUUCCUCUCCGAAGAGUCCUCUGAUGAGGAAUGCCAGCGGCAGGGCCCCAGCUCUGGCUUCACCGACAGCUUGUUCUUCUCUGCUCCCUUUGAAUGGCCCCAGCCCUAUCGGACACUCAAGGAGUCAGACAGCGCAGAAGGUGACGAGGUGGAGAGUCCAGAGCAACGAGCGAGGGCUCCCCGGGGCCCAGUGCCAGGCCCAGCACCCCCUGACCGGGCUGCCAGCAUUGACCUCCUGGAGGACAUCUUCAGCAGCCUGGAGAUGGAGGCCCCCCUGCAGCCUCUGGGCCAGGCCAAGAGCUUGGAGGACCUUCGGAUGCCAAAAGACCUGCAGGAGCAGCCGGGGACCUUUGAUUACCAGAGGCUGGGGCUGGGCCGAAGCGAGAGAAGCCGGGGCAUGCCCGUGGCCCUGAGGCUGGCCCACCCGUACAACAAGCUCUGGAGUCUGGGCCAGGAUGACAUGGCCAUCCCCAGCAAGCCCCCUGCCGCCGCCUCCGAGAAGCCCUCGCCACCGCUCGGAAACUCCCUGGCACUGCCCCGCCGGCCCCAGAAUCCGGACAGCGUCCUGAACCCCAGGAACAAGGAGGAGAUCCCCACGCCCCCUCGAGGCAGCAUCACCAUCCCUCGGCCCCAGGGCAGGAAGACCCCAGAGCUGGGCAUUGUGCCACCACCACCCAUCACGCGCCCUGCCAAGCUGCAGGCUGCCGGCACCUCCGAGUGGUUGCAGGCUGAGCGGGAAAGGCGAGCUACCCCGAGCCCAGCCCCAUUCCCGGGCCUCCUCCCUGGCACUGUGCCCCACAGCAACCCCGAACUGCUCCAGCCUCUCAGCCUAGCCCCGGGGACCCCCAGCCCAGGUAGUGAUGCCCUGCUGGCCCUGCUGGACCCACUUCACACAGCCUGGCCUGGCAGCAGCCUCCCUCUGGGCCCUCCCGCCCCAAGUGUAGCCACCCCUUUCACCCCCCAGUUCAGUUUACCCUCUGCCAGGACCCCUACACCAUUCCCGCAGCAAACACUCAACCCAUUCGUCCCUCCUGUGCCAACCUCACUGCCCACUGUGCCCCUGGUCGCCACACCCCCCGGGCCUUUUGGGGCUCCUCCAGCCUCCCUAGGGCCCAGCCUCCUGCUGUCCAAUUCCAGCUUCUGCGUGCCACAGAGAGCUCAGCCCCACCUGGGCGCCCUCUCCAUGCCCAACCUCUUUGGCCAGAUGCCCAUGGGCACCCACACCAGCCCCCUGCAGCCACUGGGCCCCCCGGCCAUCACCCCUUCGAGAAUCCGAACAUUGCCCCUGGCUCGCUCAAGCGCCCGGGCAGCUGAGGCCAAGCAGGGGCUGAGGCUGAGGCCCGGAGACCCCCCACUCCUUCCUCCCAGGCCCCCCCAGGGCCCGGAGCCAGCACUGCAGCCUUCUGCUCCUCGGGAGGCCAGAGACCCCUUUGAGGAUUUGUUACAGAAAACCAAACAAGAAGUGAGCCCGGCCCCCGCGCCGGGCUCGGUGGAGCAGCUCCGUAAGCAGUGGGAAACAUUCGAGUGAGUGGGGAGCCCUGGGCCUGCCUCCAUGGUACCGUGUUAGUCGGCCCUCUGCCUCCCCUGCCUCCACUUUCUGCCCAGGUUCUGCUGGUGGGAAGGGAUGGGGCCCGCCUCUGCCUGCCUUCCUGCCCUUCUACAGCACGCAUCUCUGAGAUCCAGCCAAGGGCGGAUGGCGCUGGCCCAGGCCUGGGAGUCUACCCCGUUCCUAGCUGUCCAUCUGACCAACCAGCUCCCCUUCUCAGCAGUCCAGGCUGGCUUUGCAUAAAAGAGGUUAGCCGGGCCCAUGAUUGCCCUAGAGUGGGUUCUGCCCACCUUCUCUCUGGAGACCUCCCCCAAGGAACUGCAGGGCCCCUCAGGGCCUCUCCACUCCCCACCACCACCCCGUGUCCGCUCUCCCAACCAACUGGCACAAGGUCAGCAUCACCCUCAGUGUCUGUAGUGGACACAGGUGGCCUGUGGGGUUGAAGUGACUCUCCCAGCCCUCUCUAGUCUACCUGAUGGGGCAUUCCCAACCCCGUCUAGCAAUACACGUGCCCGUCCUUUUGUGAAUCACCACUCCCAACCCCAAACUCAAGUUGUUGGGGCACGGUAGGGACUAGGGAACUGAGGGAUCCUCGGGGUCUCUGGUGAUAGCCAAACAUCCCCAACCAGCCUGGUAUGCGGGCUGGGAAGCACCAGCAAGUCUGAUUUUUAGGAAUGAAAAUGAAAGCUUCUCAAUCAGUGUGAGGCAGAGGUGCGGCCGGUUCUCCGGUUCUCCUGCUGCAGUCGGAGCUGGGCUCAGCCGUGUGGCUCUGACUCUGUGGUGGAGCCGGGAAGCGAUUCUGGCUCAAAGGCCACAAGUGAUGCCAUGGGCAGAUGCCAGGGUCACAGCUGCUAGGGCUCCUGGGUUGGCAGCGGGCAGUAGCCCUGAGUGCCUCUGCAGGUCCCAGGGGAGUGGACAGACGCCUGGAGGCAGGAGGAGGCCCAGAAGCCACCCGCCCCUGCCUCUCAGUUCCUGCCAGCACAGAAAAUUCCUGAGGCCAACGUCACUAAAGUUCAACGGAAAUGCUUUGUUGUGGCUUCUUUUAGCUUUCUUUUCUUUUCUACCUUAUUGAAUUGAUGAAUCUUGAAACGGACUGACUCCACGAACCAAGUUAAAAUAGGACCCAACCAUGUGAGAAAACAACCCUCUGAGACCCGCAGGAAAUUGGGAGCAUUUUGACCUGAUUUCUCAUUUCCUGCUUGUGGACAGUCAGACACUGUCUACGCAUGGGUGUCUGGUGGGUGUGGGGUGGGGGAUCCCUGGAGACCCUACUCCCCAGGGAGCACCAGGCUGGGGCCGAGGGUGCUUCACAUGGCUCUGUGAGGACCGAGGGGCUGGCCCCAAAGUGGGCUCCAAUGUGGGGUUCUCGAGCUGCUGGCCUGGCACACAGGCCCUUCCCCAGUCAAUCAUGACCCCCAUGGGCAAAUCUCCUCGAAUCUUGGGGGGCAGUGUUCUCUGGCUGCAGUGGGGACCCACCCAGCAAGCAGAGGUGAACGGGGAGCCUGGUGUGCACACCCGACGUUCCCUUGGGCACUCUCUGUUGUCUCUUCACUUGCUGGAUUGAUUUUGCAAAUCAAGAAUGAAUUUUGUGUGUGCAUUCAAUAAAACCUCCUUGGGAAGAA